GUGCUACAAGUGCAGCGAUUGUUGUAUUGCUGAUAUGUUUGGCCAUUCUGUGUUUGAGAUACAAGUCAUCGUUGUGGCAAGAACAUUUUGGGUUGACUACAAAAAGUAACCAAAAUAUUGAAGCAUUCCUUAAAAAUCAUGCUGCUCUAACUAUACAAAGGUAUAGCUUAUCAGAGGUCAAGAAAAUGACAAGCAACUUCAAAGUUAAACUAGGACAAGGAGGUUUUGGUGCAGUGUACCAAGGAAAGCUAUCCAAUGGUAGUCACGUAGCUAUAAAGAUGUUAAACGAAACAAAAAAGAAUGGUGAAGAAUUCAUCAACGAGGUUGCAAGCAUCAGUAGAACUUCUCACGUUAAUAUUGUCACUCUUCUUGGAUUCUGUCUGGAAGGCCGCAAGAGGGCUCUCGUUUAUGAAUUUAUGUCAAACGGUUCCCUUGACAAAUUCAUUUAUAGAGAACCUGAAAACAUUGCACUCUUGAGUUGGGAUAUUAUAUAUCAAAUCUCAAUGGGUAUAGCUCAGGGGUUAGAAUACUUGCACAGAGGAUGCAAAACUCGAAUUUUACAUUUUGACAUAAAGCCUCACAACAUCCUUUUGGAUGAGAAGUUUUGUCCUAAGAUAUCUGAUUUUGGGUUGGCAAAACUUUGUCCUAGAAAUGAAAGCAUCAUUUCUAUGUCUGAUGUCAGAGGAACUAUGGGGUAUGUAGCUCCAGAAGUGUUGAACAGACAUUUCGCAGGAGUUUCACACAAGUCUGAUGUUUAUAGUUAUGGAAUGAUGUUGCUAGAAAUGGUAGGAGGAAGGAAAAACAUUAAUGGUGAAGCUAGCCACACUAGUGAGAUAUAUUUUCCGAAUUGGAUACAUAAGAGACUUCAGUUGUUCAAUGAUUUCAGAUUCGAUGAAGUGAUGACCCCUGAAGAGAAUGAAGUAGCAAAGAGAUUGACCAUUGUGGGUCUUUGGUGUAUUCAAACCUUUCCAAAUGACAGACCAACGAUGAGUAGAGUAAUUGACAUGUUGGAAAACAGCAUGAAUUCCUUGGAAAUGCCACCAAAACCUUUGCUUUCAUCUCCUAACAGAUCAGUGUCAGAAUCUUGCUCUUGA